AUGAAAAAUCCACUAUUUUGGUUCAUGCUUCUCACCCCAGCCUGGACCCUCAUUGAUGGAGCAGAAACGGAGCAGGACUUGAUGUGGCACUUGAGAAAAAUACCCCGGCUUGUCCGUGAAAGGACUUUGCACCUGAGCAACCCUGCCUUUGAGGCUGAUGCCAAGAUGCUGUUAAACAGAGUGUGUGGCAUUGAGUGCCAGAGGGAGCUCCCAGCGCCCAGCCUUUCUGAGCUAGAGGAUUCUCUUUCAUACGAGACCGUCUUUGAGAAUGGCACUCGGACCCUGACCAGAGUGAAAGUUCACGACGUGCUUCUAGAGCCGACUCAAAAUCUCACCACCCGAGGAGCAGCUGUGAGGAGGAAGAGACAGGUAUACGGCACGGAUAGCCGGUUCAGCAUCUUGGACAGAAGGUUCUUGACCAGUUUCCCCUUCAGUACCGCUGUCAAGCUCUCCACGGGCUGCAGCGGCAUUCUGGUUUCUCCUAACCACGUGCUCACGGCUGCCCACUGCGUCCACAAUGGAAAGGACUAUGUCAAAGGGAGUAGGAAGCUGCGAGUAGGACUGCUGAGGAUGAGAAAUAGAGGCGGUGGCAGGAGACGUCGAGGCUCCAGGAGGAGUAGGAGGGACGCCAAAGGUGGCAGCCCUAGAGAAGGCAUGGAUGAGAACUUGAAGGGGAGAGCCAGGCGUGGAGGGAGGAGGCGAGGUCAGAGGGCGGCGCGCGGGACACCCUCCUUUCAGUGGACCCGGGUCAAGAACACCCACAUUCCUAAAGGCUGGACAGGAGGAGGCCGGGGGGAUGCUCCCUUAGACUACGACUAUGCUCUUCUCGAACUGAAACGUGCUCACAAAAAGAAAUACAUGGACCUAGGGGUCAGCCCACCUGUCAGGAAGAUGCCGGGAGGAAUGAUCCACUUCUCGGGGUUCGAUGACGACCGGCAAGAUCAGCUGGUCUAUCGGUUUUGCAGUGUUUCGGAUGAAUCCAAUGAUCUCUUCUAUCAAUACUGCGAUGCGGAGUCAGGCUCCACGGGCUCGGGCAUCUACCUGCGCCUGAAAGAGCCAGAGGGGAAGAACUGGACCCGCAAAGUCAUUGCAGUCUAUUCAGGCCACCAGUGGGUGGACAUCCACGGGGUGCAGAAGGACUACAACGUGGCUGUGCGCAUCACGCCCCUCAAGUACGCUCAGAUCUGCCUCUGGAUCCACGGGAACGACGCCAGCUGCGCUCAGGGCUGA